CCUUUCCCUCCAGCCUGCCCAGAACAAAGAGGCUCUUUCACACCCUUGUCCCGGCGUCCCGGGCCUUCUCUGACUCAGAAGCUAGUGGACCUGGGGAGAGGGGGCCUUUGUCGCGUCCCCUUGCCCCCAGGCGACUGGGCCCGAGGAACCCGCGUGGGGCCAGCGUGGGGGAGUAAGGGGCGAGGCCCGGGACCAGGGGGAGGGGCCUGUGAGCUGGGGCCGCCCCUGGGAUUAGCCCGGCCUUCGGGGACAGCUCGGAGGAGCUGGGGCGGAGCCGCAGGGCCUGGCGGCCGCCGAGUAGAGUGUGACUCCGUGGGCCUGGCGUGGAGGCGGGGGCGCUAGGCUGCAGCUGGCUCGGAAUUGGGGCUGGUUUCCUGUCUGGAAGGGAAGGGGCCUGCAGAAGGGAGCGGGGACAGCAGCAGACAGGCACACCCCUGCCUUCCUCUCUCCCUCUCCUCCCUUCUCUGGAAAAGCGAGCUGGGAGAACAGCUGCCACCAAAGCGAGACUGGACACUCUGUGCCUAGAGCCCCCUCUGCAGCUGGCCUUUCCUCCUGGGACCCCACUCAUCCUCACUUCGCUUUCCUUUUCUUCCCUGCCUGGCUCCCGGCAGGGCCCCGGAGCAGCAGUGGGCGAGGAAAAUUUGUCACAGCAGCCAGAGGGGUUUAACAGGAGUGCAGAGGGAUAAGGGCAGCCUCUGCCCUCUGCCCAAGAGCUGGCCACCUCUUUAAAGACUGAGGGAACAGUGGGAGGAGGAACUGUGGGACAGUGUGGUACCUAUCUGUCCCCCCUCUGGAGGGGUUGACAAGGGAAAGGGCACCGGGGGGCACAGAGAUGCAGGACAGAUUGCACAUCCUGGAGGACCUGAAUAUGCUCUACAUUCGGCAGAUGGCACUCAGCCUGGAGGACACGGAGUUGCAGAGGAAGCUAGACCAUGAGAUCCGGAUGAGGGAAGGGGCCUGUAAGCUGCUGGCAGCCUGCUCCCAGCGAGAGCAGGCUCUGGAGGCCACCAAGAGCCUGCUAGUGUGCAACAGCCGCAUCCUCAGCUACAUGGGCGAGCUGCAGCGGCGCAAGGAGGCGCAGGUGCUGGGGAAGACAAGCCGGCGGCCUUCUGACAGUGGCCCGCCCGCUGAGCGCUCCCCCUGCCGCGGCCGGGUCUGCAUCUCUGACCUCCGGAUUCCACUCAUGUGGAAGGACACAGAAUAUUUCAAGAACAAAGGUGACUUGCACCGCUGGGCUGUGUUCCUGCUGCUGCAGCUGGGGGAACACAUCCAGGACACAGAGAUGAUCCUAGUGGACAGGACCCUCACAGACAUCUCCUUUCAGAGCAAUGUGCUCUUCGCUGAGGCGGGGCCAGACUUUGAACUGCGGUUAGAGCUGUAUGGGGCCUGUGUGGAAGAAGAGGGGGCCCUGACUGGCGGCCCCAAGAGGCUUGCCACCAAACUCAGCAGCUCCCUGGGCCGCUCCUCAGGGAGGCGUGUCCGGGCAUCGCUGGACAGUGCUGGGGGUUCAGGGAGCAGUCCCAUCUUGCUCCCCACCCCAGCUGUUGGUGGUCCUCGUUACCACCUCUUGGCUCACACCACACUCACCCUGGCAGCAGUGCAAGAUGGAUUCCGCACACAUGACCUCACCCUUGCCAGUCAUGAGGAGAACCCUGCCUGGCUGCCCCUUUAUGGUAGCGUGUGUUGCCGUCUGGCAGCUCAGCCUCUCUGCAUGACUCAGCCCACUGCAAGUGGUACCCUCAGGGUGCAGCAAGCUGGGGAGAUGCAGAACUGGGCACAAGUGCAUGGAGUUCUGAAAGGCACAAACCUCUUCUGUUACCGGCAACCUGAGGAUGCAGACACUGGGGAAGAGCCGCUGCUUACUAUUGCUGUCAACAAGGAGACUCGAGUCCGGGCAGGGGAGCUGGACCAGGCUCUAGGACGGCCCUUCACCCUAAGCAUCAGUAACCAGUAUGGGGAUGAUGAGGUGACACACACCCUUCAGACAGAAAGUCGGGAAGCCCUGCAGAGCUGGAUGGAGGCUCUGUGGCAGCUUUUCUUUGACAUGAGCCAGUGGAAGCAAUGCUGUGAUGAAAUCAUGAAAAUUGAAACUCCUGCUCCCCGGAAACCACCCCAAGCACUGGCAAAGCAGGGGUCCUUGUACCAUGAGAUGGCUAUUGAGCCGCUGGAUGACAUCGCAGCGGUGACAGACAUCCUGACCCAGCGGGAGGGCGCAAGGCUGGAGACACCCCCACCCUGGCUGGCAAUGUUUACAAACCAGCCUGCCCUGCCUAACCCCUGCUCGCCUGCCUCAGUGGCCCCAGCCCCAGCCUGGACCCACCCCCUGCCCUGGGGGAGACCCCGAACCUUUUCCCUGGAUGCUGUCCCCCCAGACCACUCCCCUAGGGCUCGCUCGGUUGCCCCCCUCCCACCUCAGCGAUCCCCACGGACCAGAGGCCUCUGCAGCAAAGGCCAACCUCGCACUUGGCUCCAGUCACCAGUGUGAGAGAGAAAGGUGCUGGCAUAGGAUCUGCCCAGAAGAGAAAAUGACCCAUGCGCAGUUGGGCUCUGGAUACGGCGCUGUCUAUAGCAAGUUGGCCAGUCUGGCCUCCUGUUCCUCUGCUGGACCUGGGGUAGGCUGCAGGGGUGGGCAGAAGCCCCUCUUAAAUUGUGGUUGCCAUGGUACCGAGGGACUCAUUCCUGGGGCUCGCUGGGACCUCCCUAAACCCUUCCUGGAAGAAAACUGGAACCAACUCUGCCCUACCUCCCUGCACUAACCAGCUUUGAGGAUGGCACUGAAGAACCCUUGGAGCAAACAUACCUCCCUUGUGACUCCCACAUCAACCAUUAAAGUUAUUUAACAGCA